GGCACUUUUCGUCUCCAAAGCUCGUCUUCAGAAGCAUGUCCUCAGACAUGCAGCCUCGGCGCGGUAAAGCGGACCAAAAGGCGCCACCUGCACGACGGCAGUGGCCAUGGGUUCGAACCAUGUAGCUGGAACCAGAUGUGAGGCGUCGCUUCACUCUGUCAGAAAACGUCUGUGGUGUGACAUUGAACACGGACACAACGAAUAUGUCAUCCAAGUGUGAAGAAGCCCAACUGAGUGUGUAACACCUGCUGUUACAUCUGAGUAGGAGGCGGCAACAAAGGACCAGAUGCCAUGGAUGGAUUCAAUUUCACCUCCUGGAAUGCCUCUGAAGGCAAUGACACAGAAGCUGUGGUGGAGAGUGAAAGCACCUACAAGACUGUGGAGGUGGUGUUCAUUGUGUUGGUGGCUGGCUCUCUCAGUUUGGUUACAGUUAUUGGAAAUAUACUCGUCAUGCUUUCCAUCAAAGUUAAUAGGAGCUUACAGACUGUCAACAACUACUUUUUAUUCAGCCUUGCAUGUGCUGACCUCAUUAUUGGACUGUGCUCUAUGAACUUGUACACAGUCUAUAUAGUAAUUGGGUACUGGCCCCUCGGGCCAGUGGUGUGUGACUUGUGGUUAGCUUUGGACUAUGUAGUCAGUAAUGCGUCUGUCAUGAAUCUUCUCAUCAUAAGCUUUGACAGAUACUUCUGUGUCACUAAGCCUCUCAGCUACCCUGUCAAAAGGACCACCAAGAUGGCAGGAAUAAUGAUCGCAGCUGCCUGGGUUUUGUCUUUUAUCCUUUGGGCACCAGCCAUUCUCUUUUGGCAGUUCAUUGUCGGAGGCCGGACAGUGCCAGAGAAAGAGUGCUACAUCCAGUUCUUCUCCAAUGCUGCCGUCACUUUUGGCACCGCCAUCGCUGCCUUUUACCUGCCUGUCAUCAUCAUGAUACAGCUCUACUGGCAGAUCUCCAGAGCAAGCAAGAGCCGUGUGAAGAAAGACAACCGUAAACCAUCAGGCGCCAACCCAGAGCCCAUCUCCCCCAGCCGCAGAAGGAACAAUACGCCAAAAGCAAACAACAACAACGUACCAGGUGAUGACCCAGGUCAAUCCCAAAUUCAGAAUACCGAAGACGGGACCAGCCACCAUGAUGGAAAACUGCAAAAUGGUAAAGGUCCUUCCUCAAGCACCACUGCUGAUGGAGAAACGGAAGGCGAAGAUGCGGCAAGAGAAAACUGUGCCCCCGGGGAAGAGAAGGAAAGCUCCAAUGACUCAACUUCCGGCAGUGCGCCCCUUUCCAACCAGAAGGACGAGGAAGUGGCACCAUCUGCGGUUAAUUCAAAUGCGGAGACAAGUCAGCCACUCACACGCCAGAGAGCUAAGGCAGGGGGCUCAAAACUGACCUGCAUCAAGAUCAAGACAAAAUCGCCAAAAGGUGACUGCUAUACACCGUCCAAUGCCACCGUUGAGAUCGUCCCAGCCUCGGAUCGGCAGAACCAUGUGGCUCGGAAGAUCGUGAAGAUGACCAAGCAGCCUCCCAACAAGAAGAAGAAAGCGGCGCCAUCUCGGGAGAAAAAGGUGACUCGCACCAUAAUGGCCAUCCUGGUAGCUUUUGUAGCCACCUGGACUCCCUAUAAUGUGAUGGUGCUCAUUAACACCUUCUGCUCCAGCUGCAUCCCCAACACAGUCUGGACUAUUGGCUACUGGCUGUGCUACAUCAACAGCACCAUCAACCCGGCCUGUUACGCUUUGUGCAAUGUGACAUUUAAAAAGACAUUCAAACAUCUUCUCCUUUGCCAAUACAAAAAUAUUCGGUCAGGUAGAUAAACAUGGACCAGUUGGGAUGAAGCACGUGUGCCCCAUCCAUAUGUGUUGGUACGUCUGCCAAAGCUGUUGGAGAACACGAUCAAGUGUGUUUAAACUUGCUUUCUACCAUUUUUAUGAUUUACUUUUUCAGUUUUUCUCUCAAUAAGCGGUUGUAGCACUUUAGCCAAACUCAAAUGAUGCAAGAUGCAUUGAGAUGUGUCGUGCACCAGCAGCAACAGCAGCAGCAGCAGCAUGAGUGAGGAAGCUCGUGAAAUAUGCAGUUGUAGGUUUCAAGAAUGGGGGUGAAAAGCAACACUUGGGAGGUAACACCGAGAGGAAGACCAACAACGACAAAGAUAAAAAC